AUGAUAAAUUUCAGCGAACUGGAAUUGCAUAGGAAGGAAACUAAGACUGUAAUCGAAUCAAGGAUAAGAAAAAAUGCAUGGCGUCAGCACGCAAGUAGAAUUGAGACAGAAGUGAGAACGACAACGAGACUAUUGGCUGCUCUAAAUGACAAUUAUAGAGUGGAGUUAUUAAUGCAGCUACAAAAGUACGGAGUACUAGAAGGAAUUGUUAGGAGAAAUUUUAAGAUGCAUGAAGUGGUGCUAUAUGAUUUUAAAUUUAUUAGAUGAUUGAAGGAAAAUCAUGAUGAUGUAAUGGUUGAAGCUGACAACUGUACAAAGAAUUUUAUUUACUUAUUAGUGCGUAAAAAAGAGAGAAAUGCUGGAUCACAGCGAUAA